UUAUGUACGAGUCACUUUCAGUAUAGAACUAAACGAUGACAUCACCCAAUAUUAUGCUAUGUUAUAUUACAAGCAGUUGACAUAUAUUAUAUACAUAACCUAACCUAAUUUCUGUUUUUCAAAUAAAUAACUAGAUUAAAUAUUAUCCUAGUCGGUAAGUUAUGGGUGGAUUAAGAAUAAGAAAUACCGCUGUCUCUGUCAAGAGUGUCACAGCGUUAGAUGCGUUUCCAAAAGUUCCUGAAUCAUAUGUGAAGACAUCAAAGUUAGGAGGCACACUUUCACUGAUCAGUUAUAUAUUAAUAUCAUGGUUGCUGUAUUCAGAGUUAAAAUAUUACUAUACAAGCAGAUUCAUAUUCAAAUUUGUUCCGGAUACUGAUAUUAACUCAAAGUUAACUGUUAAUAUUGAUUUGACAGUUGCAAUGCCUUGUGCACAUAUUGGAGCCGAUAUUCUAGAUUCUACAAACCAGAAUGUUUUUGCUUUUGGAACUUUAGAAGAAGAAGAUACUUGGUUUGAAUUGGCUCCAGAGCAAAGAAGUUAUUUUGAUUAUUUGCAACAUUAUAAUUCAUACUUACGUGAAGAAUUUCAUGCUCUUUCGGAUGUUUUGUGGAGGUCCGGUCAAUCUGCACUACGUUUGAAUAUGCCACAUAGAUCAGUCAUACCUGAUAGACCCAAGGAUGCAUGCAGAAUAUAUGGAUCAUUGACACUCAAUAAAGUAGCUGGUAAUUUUCACAUUACUGCAGGGAAAAGCUUACACCUACCGAUGGGUCAUGUUCAUAUAAGUGGAUUUAUGUCCGAAGCCGACAGUAAUUUUACACAUAGGAUACACAGGUUAAGUUUUGGAGAUGAUAGUCCUGGAAUAAUUCACCCUAUGGAAGGUGAUGAAAAAAUUACUGCAAAUUCUAUGAUGUUGUAUCAGUAUUUUAUUGAAGUUGUUCCAACAGAUGUUGAGACAUUUUUGGGGACUACACAAAGUUGCCAAUAUUCCGUUAAAGAACUUUCUAGACCUAUAGAUCAUGCUUCAGGUUCUCAUGGUAUAGCAGGUAUAUUUGUAAAAUAUGAUAUGUCUGCUUUGAAAGUUAAAGUACAACAAGAAAGAGAUAGUUUGCCUAAACUAUUAACAAGGCUAUGUGCAACAAUUGCAGGGAUACAUAUCACAAUGGCGUAAAUCAUGAUGUGAUCCAAACAGAAGGAAAAACUAUUUCGCAAUCGGAAAGUUAGAAAUAA